GAUGUUUUGUUUUCCGCAACUCCAACCUAAUUUCAAUACAAAACAUCCGUAAUUUUGCUGAUGUUUCUAUUUAAAAAAGAAAUUUUUUUGCUGAUGUUUCUAGUUUGAAGAAAACCCAAGGAAACUCACAUUAUGAGGUGCCUGUGGAGAGAUCAUGAUCUGAGUUCCAUCUUUUUCCUGGAAAUUUUCUUUUUCACAUCAAUAUGGUUAUAUUUCAUGCUUAGGGUUUUCAGUUCGGUAAUUUGUAUUCUAGUUCCCAUCUUUUUCCUGUGGAGAGAUCAUGAUCUGAAUUCCUAGCUUUCCCUAGCAUUUUUUUUUUCUCUCAUCAAUAUGGUUUUAUUUUCUUGCUUAAGGUUUUUGGUUCAGUAAAUUUGUAUUCUGCUUUACCAUUGGACAAUCUGUGUUUACUGGAAUUUCAAAUUUUUAAUUUCAUUGAUUGAAAUCUGUUUAACUCUGGGAUUUAAGUUGCAUUUAAACGUUUUGAAACUUCUAGGCAGUUUCAAUUUUGAUUUGACUAUAUGUUCAUUUGAUUUAGUUAUUGGCUUUGGUUAGGGGAUAUGAUCAUACGAUUUGACUCAACUAAGGUGGUAUUUACCUAUAUAUUCCUGUAUAUUUCUUGUUAUCUUGAUCAGUCUGUUGUGCUGUGUGCUACUGUUAAGCAACUUUGAUCUGCUGUCAGGAUUUAAGCUGUGUUAAAUGUGUUGAAACCUAUAGCUAGGUCAAUUUUGAUUUGAGUGUAUGUUUGUUUGAUUUUUCAGUAUGGUCUUUAGUUAGGGUUUCUGGUUGCUAUAAUGGGAUGCAAGCAAGCGGUUUGGCUAAACUAAGCUGGUGUUGACAUAUAAUUUUGUCUCUAUUUUUUGAUAUCUCUAUCUGCCUGUUGUUCUGGUACUACUAUUAGUCAACUUUCGAGCCGCUGUCAGGAAUUAAGGUGUGUCUAAUGUUUUGUAAACCUUUAGCCAGUUUCAAUUUUGAUAUGCGUGUGUUUAUUCAAUUUGUAAGUUAUGAUCUUUAGUUAGUUUUCCUGGUUGUGGUAAUGGGAUGCACUCAUGAGAUUUGGCUUAAAAAGAUGGUAUUUGCAUAUGUUUUCAAGGAUAUAUUCGUUGAUAUCUCAAUCAGUCUGUUGUGCUGGGUGCUACUAUAUGUCAAUCUUCGAGCUGUCAGGAGUGAUGAAUUUGGAUUGUGACGGAAUAGCAUAUUAAGGUACAGUGACUAAUCAGAAAUUGUUUGAUAAGAAUUUAGAAUGGCUGCUUCCGAAGAGAAUAGUGCCUUGUUCCCAAUUUUUAUCUUGACAAUAAUGGCACUGCCUUUGGUGCCUUAUACAAUACUGAAGUUAUGUCGUGCUGUCUCAAGGAAAACAAGGAGCAUACACUGUCAGUGCUCUGAGUGUGCACGUUCAGGAAAGUAUAGGAAAUCUAUAUUUAAGCGGAUAUCAAACUUUUCAACAUGCAGUAACUUGACACUCGUACUGCUUUGGGUUGUAAUGAUAUUCCUGGUUUACUACAUCAAGAACAUGAGUGGGGAGAUACAAGUUUUUGAACCAUUCAGUAUUCUUGGUUUAGAACCUGGAGCUUCUGACUCAGAAAUCAAGAAGGCCUAUAGAAGGCUGUCAAUUCAGUAUCAUCCUGAUAAAAAUCCCGAUCCAGAGGCACACAACUACUUUGUGGAGUACAUAUCUAAGGCAUACCAGGCUCUUACAGAUCCAAUAUCCCGUGAAAACUUUGAGAAAUAUGGCCAUCCAGAUGGCAGACAGGGAUUUCAAAUGGGCAUAGCUCUGCCUCAGUUUCUUCUGGACAUCGAUGGGGCAUCUGGUGGCAUACUCUUACUCUGGAUUGUUGGUGUUUGUAUUCUUUUGCCAUUGGUGAUUGCUGUCGUAUAUCUCUCAAGGUCAUCAAAGUAUACAGGAAAUUAUGUCAUGCAUCAAACGCUGUCCACAUACUAUUACUUCAUGAAACCUUCUUUGGCUCCGAGCAAAGUUAUGGAGGUUUUUACCAAAGCUGCUGAAUACAUGGAGAUUCCAGUUCGUAGGAGUGAUGAUGAACCUCUUCAGAAGCUCUUUAUGUCAGUUAGGAGUGAGUUAAAUCUGGACCUCAAGAACAUUAAGCAAGAGCAAGCUAAAUUUUGGAAGCAGCAUCCUGCUAUCGUUAAGACAGAGUUGUUGAUUCAGGCUCAGUUAACUAGGGAGUCAGCUGUCUUGUCACCAGCUUUGAUAGUUGAUUUCAGACGUGUUCUAGAACUUGCACCUCGCCUCCUUGAAGAAUUAAUGAAGAUGGCAGUUAUACCGCGAACUGCUCAGGGUCAUGGAUGGCUGAGGCCUGCAAUUGGGGUGGUUGAGCUUUCCCAAUGCAUCGUUCAGGCUGUUCCUCUAAGUGCAAGAAAGUCAACUGGAGGAUUUACUGAAGGAAUUGCUCCCUUCUUGCAGCUGCCACAUUUCAGUGAGGCUGUUGUAAAAAAGAUAGCACGCAAGAAGGUGAGAACAUUUCAGGAACUUCGAGACAUGCCUUUGGAAGAUCGCUCUGAUUUGCUUACUCAAGUAGCAGGAUUCUCUACUGCUGAAGUACAAGACACCGAGAAAGUGUUGGAAAUGAUGCCGUCCUUAACGAUUGAAGUUACAUGUGAGACAGAGGGUGAAGAGGGUAUUCAAGAAGGUGAUAUUGUCACUAUUCAAGCUUGGAUAACUCUCAAACGUGAAAAUGGCUUGAUUGGUGCCCUCCCUCAUACUCCAUACUUCCCUUUUCACAAGGAAGAAAACUUAUGGUUUCUACUUGCCGAUCCUGUCUCAAAUAAUGUGUGGUUCUCCCAGAAGAUGAAUUUCAUGGAUGAAACUGCAGCUAUAACAACUGCUUCAAAGGCGAUUCAGGAGACGAUGGAGGGGUCAGGAGCAAAUAUGAAGGAGACAAGUGAGGCAGUUAGACUAGCGAUCGAUAAGGUGCGAGGUGGCUCAAGACUGGUGAUGGGGAAGUUCCAGGCCCCAGUAGAGGGGAAUUAUAAUUUGACUAGUUACUGUUUGUGUGAUUCGUGGAUAGGCUGUGACAGAAAGUCAAACUUGAAAGUUAAAAUUCUGAAGAGAACUAGGGCUGGCACUAGGGGUGGUCUGCCAUCAGAGGAGGGAACUCUCAUGGAGGAUGGAAUUGAAGAGGAAGAAGAAAAUGAAGAUGAAGAUUAUGAUGAUGAUUACGAGAGCGAGUACAGUGAAGAUGAAGAUGAAAAGAAUAUCAAAAAGAAAGGUCCUGCUACCAAUGGCUCUGUACCUAAAAGAGGCUCGAGCUCGGAAGGUUCAGGUUCGGACGAGGACUGAGACAAAUUCUGUUGCCACACCAAAAAAAAAAAAAAAGCCUUGAAUUUUUAUAUUUAUUCAUAUAUAUUGUUUACUUAGGAAGAAAACUUCACAAAGCAGAACACUGAUAAUUGUCCAUGUGCCCCUCUGGCAUAUUCACAUAGUUCUGUUAGUGUAGACAUGUGUUUAGAAUCCAUUGUCAUUCACCCUUUUUGAAUUAAAUUUUUUUUAAAGA